AUUAAAAAGUUUAUUUUCCCGCAGGCUAAAAUUUUACACUCAAAUUUUAUCUUGUAGACUCCAGUUUAUUGAUAUCUCUAGAUGUAGACUCUAGAUCUAGAACUUUUUUCUGCAAGCUAAAGUAUUAGAAUCUAGAUUACAUCUAGAAUAAUCUACAUUUACUACAUUAAAUUUAGAAUACUCCCAUUGGAAGCAACAUCCAAAAGCUAAACUUACUUUUUGUUUCAAGAAGUACAUGAUGAGCAAGAAAUCUGAUGCUGGUGACAAGCAACUGUACCAUGAAAGACAGGUAAAGGAGCUGUGCGCUCUCCAUGCCCUGAAUAACCUGAUGCAGAAGAAAGAUGCCUUUACUAAGAAGGAUCUUGACGACAUUUGCUUAAGGUUGUCUCCUGACACAUUCAUAAAUCCUCAUCGUAGCAUGCUCGGACUUGGUAAUUAUGAUGUCAAUGUUAUUAUGGCCGCCUUGCAAGAGAAAGGAUAUGAAACUAUUUGGUUUGACAAACGAAAAAAAGUGAAUGUUUUGAUUCCAGAUAAAAUCAUGGGAUUCAUUUUGAACACACCAACAGAUUACAAGUUGGGUUUUGUUAAGUUGCCCAUCCAUCGCAAGCAUUGGAUUGCCAUUCGGUGGCUGAAUGGAAAAUAUAUGAACCUUGAUUCAAAAUUAGAUGCUCCCUGUGCCAUUGGGGAUGAGGCGAGUCUUUUGGAGUAUCUAGGAUCAGAGUUAAGUAACGGGGACAAAGAGUUGUUACUAGUGGUGGAGAAAGACGUGUAUGACAACUCUUUGUGGCGUAGGGACAGUGAAGGUGGGGAGAAAAAAGACGCUCACACAUCAAACUCAUCUGGAAGUUCACCAAGCAAUUCAUCUUGUGCAGGCUCACCCGGUAGUAACAAUCUCAAGGAUAAAUCUUUGGCUAAUGGUACUGUUGCAAUUACUGACUUUCGGGCACAGGACCAUGUUUCUAGCUGAUGUGAAAUAUUUCUUAGAUUGUCGGUUUAAAUUCAGGUAAAGUAUAUAUAAAUAAAAGUGAUUCCGAAUUGCAUUUCAAAGCAAAUCUUUGGGACCAUGCAGUGAACAAAAUAACUUACAGAAUUUGACUUAUUUGGUUCAUGUUAAUUUGAGUUUACGUUUCAUUUAAAAUAUAAAAUUUCAUCUUCGAUCUUCCACACAUAUACGUGAACCCAAUUAUUGCUUUUUUUUUGGGCAAUUCACUCUAAGUUAUAUUUAUUGUGAAUCUUAUUGUCUGCUUGAUUCUAAUACGGGUGGCUUUUCAACUUGCUUUUGGCGCCAGUUCCCUAUUUAAGAGCUUAGUACUAAAAUUAUUGUUGUGCCAGCUUGAGUUGACUGUUUGUAAUACAUGCAAUACUCACUAUGUAAAUAUUGUCAUCGCUGAUGCUAAUCAUAAAUGUGGAUUUAUUUAUUUUAUACAUUAAAAUCCUAUGUGUUCUAAUAUGUGAUUUACAUGCACUUUUAUAGAGCUAAAAGUAAUCCAGUGCCUGAAUGUAGUGAAUCAUACAAACUGGCAUCUACUACUAGUACUCUCAUUUCUGUCCUGCCAAGGCAUUGAGUCCCAUUAACAUGAAGCUGAAUCUAAUUGAAGAUUCUUGUGUACCUUUAGACUGGGUCCUUUUCCGCAUUGAAACUCUCUCUGGUCAUGUUACAUGACAGGGAAAGUCAUACUUACUGUAACUUGAGUGUCAAACGUUUUGAUUUGUAUAUUUGAGUUGUUUAAUAUUUGAUCAAGUUUAGAAUCUUUACCUGGCUUUAAACAUGGAAGCUUUUUGUUGUACUGAUAUACAUAAUUUUUAAAAGCAAAAGUAAUGGUCAUCCUUGUAUGAUUUUUGGUUGUUGCCAUUUUGCAUGUGGUUAUAAGCUCUCAGUUUUUUUUCUAAUUAACUUUUUUUUUUUAUUCAAGCCUGACUUGCGAUUUGGUAAAAAAGAAAAUAAUGUACCUUAUUUAAAUUUGUUAUGUAUAGAAUAUUUGCUGCUAACAAGUGAUAUCUGUGACAUGUUUUUGUUCAUAUGUGAUCUGGAUUUAUAUGUGUAAAAAAACAUUUGUUUGUACUGCUGUUGUUUUUUUUUUAAUUCUUCAAUCUCUUUUAUUUAAUCAGUUCUAUUUAUACAGACUAAAACCUAAAAUAAAACAAAAUCUUUAGGUUUAUUGUUUUUCACUACUUUAUUGUUUCCUUACAAGACGUGUACAUAUUUUGUUUUCUAAUAAUUUAUUUAAAAUAGAUUUCAUCAUCUCUAUAACAAUUAUCUAUUUGUUUGUUAUUAUUAUUAUUUGCAAAUUAUUAUGCAAGGUUUAUGUGUUUAAACAAUGUCCUCUCAUAAAAAAUAUUUGCCAAGCAAGAGAUUAUAUUUUAAAAUUUCUUUUUAAGUAUGUUUAUAAAUAUAAAAAUUUUGCUUGUCAAUGGAGUGUUUCUCCAAAUUUGGUUUCUCCAGAGUUGAUCUUUAAAAGAAGUAAGAAAUAGCUUAGUUGUUCCUCCCUAUUCAAUACAUAUACAAUUACUGAGUAAGCCACUGGCUGUCCUUGUAUAUUUACAUAUAAAGCUCCUCCUUUGUGGUUGAAGAUGAGCACAAUCUGACGAACUCCCAAGAUUGGAAAAGCACACAAAGCUUGAAUAGGUUUGUCAGUUUCAGUGUUGCCUGCACACAAAGCAUGAAUAGGUUGGGUCAGUUGCAGUGUUGCCUGCUGAGAGCAUUAGUUUUUUUUGGUUUUAUUGCUCUUAGUUCUUUGCUGAUGUCCAUGCCUUGAAAAGUCAUGAGUGUCAAUUCUUAGGGGCAAGAGAUUGUGAAAGAUUUUUUUUUUGGCCAAAAUAACUUCAAGUAACUCUAAGUAAAUAACUUCUUAGGCUUAAAUUUGACAAACUUGCUAUAUGGACAAGUACUAUUCAUGCUUUACUGAAACUGGAUCCGUUAGCAAAAUUUUUGUUAAAACGUAUCCCAAGUUACAUUCCAGUUUUGUGUCUUAGUUCAACUGUAUAACUGGGAUGAAAUUAUUACGAGGUAAAUCCAUUGAUGCAAAGUGUAGCAAAAAAAAAACUGUUAAUUCUAAUCACAUGCAUACAAAUGGCAUAUUCACUCACUCUAAUCACUUGCAUACAAAUGGCAUAUUCACUCACUCUCUUUCACUGUCUGUCUCAGGGAUUUCUAACAAUGUAAUAAUACUUUGUUAAAUUACAAAUAUUAGUUUAAUUAUAAAUAUUAUAUAUAUACCUUCUUCAAAUUAUAUUGCAUUCAUUUCUCUGUUAUAUGUUUCUUCUUCUGUGUUCUCAAUAUCGUGUUGGAGAGUUCAUCUAACUAAUCUUCUAUCUGCGAUAAACUGUGCAAUGUGUCCAGAUCUGGCCUAUUUUCAUACAGUUUUUCUUGCAUAGGGAUGUUUUGUGGCUAAUGUCUUGUUUGGGCCUCUCAAUAAAAUUUGCUGCAUGUGCUUUUGAGGACACAGUCUGCAUUCUCUGGUGACACACCACAAGGGCAUAUUCCAAUAGACUAAUUAUCAGAAUCCAUAACAUGUAUUGUCUAAUUCUCUUGUGUUCGGUUUGAAGGUGAAAAGUUUGAUGUUGAUCAUAUUGGAAUAGCUUGUAAAAUGCUUCUGUUAUAAAAUGAUUAUAAUUGAGUUUAAAUUUUAAGUAUGAAGUUUAAAAAAAAACCCAACACAUUUCAAUAAGUGAUUUAAAAGGAUGAGAAUUUCCAGAUUUUCUUAGCCGCAUGCAUCUGAUCACAUUGUAGUCUUUAAAUUACCUUCAUGGCUAAAAAAUGUAAUGGGGUAUGUUUUGGAAAUUUUUUCAUUCAAAUUUAGUUUUGCUAAACUCUUUCAGUGCGGUGUUACUCUCAGCGAGUACCUUCGCUAGCGCUGGUCAGUACGGCGUACACUCAGCGUGUAACUUGGUUUAUAAUAUUUAUUUCACUAUCUUUUUUCUCUUUUUUUUUUCAUUUUCCGGAUGUGAGAGUGAUUGUUCUUUGUUUUGGUAGUAAAUUUGAUGCAGUAUCAACAUGUUUAAAAGAAAAUAGACAACAUUAUGUUAAUGGUUCUUUUUUAGUUUAUUUCCCAGGACCCGAAAAAUGUAAAUAUACAAUUUCUUAGUGUUUUUUUUCUUCUUGUAUGAAAUCUGAAGCGAUUAAAUGUGUUUAGUAUUGUGAUUUUUCAAUAUUUAUUGAUUAAAUGUUUAAUUAAAAGGUUAAAUCUUUCAGUAUAUCAAUUUUUAAUGAAUUUUAAAAAUAUUUUCUUUUUCCGUGCUCAGUUUAAAAUUAAUGAAAAACAAUUUUUCUUCAAUAAUUAAUUUUAUUUAUUUUCAUUUUGUAGCCCAUUCAUUUUCCUUCCAAAUAAAAUCAAAUAUGUUAGAUUAUUUAAUAAAAUAAAAAAGUUAAUGUUAGUUUUAGUAACUCUACCCCAGGGGAAAAUUUGUGUUCAAUCCGGAAAACUCCAUUUUUUUUCGAUCAAAAUAAUUCGCACUGAAAGAGUUAAGUUGGUCAGAAAUGAAUUUAAGGUUAAGUCUGAGGCAUAAAUGGUAAUUUAAGAAGUGACUAUAUUUUUUUUGUUUUAGGCAACAUGUUACUUAAUGUCUCUAGUAAACAUAUUUGUAUUGUUAUUGCUUUGUGUGUGUGGUAGAUUAGAUUGUGUAGUUUGAAUGGAUAAAACCAAAGAAAGGCGCAAGGGAUGUCUCUUAGUGCUAGCUUGUGUACUUUCAUAUAAAGCAAUCUUCAUUAUUUCAUUUUCACUUUUUUUUCAUUUGGAACAAAAUUAAAUGUGCCAAACAUUGAUAGUUUCAUUUUACUAUUAUUAGAUGUAUUGGGGGGGAGGGGGAUUUAUUUUUAUCUCAAGGACAAAGAAGACUGUAUUCAGCACUGAACCCUAAUCAACUAUUUGACACAUUAUUUGUCAGCAACUGGCCACCAGCUCUGGAGAAACCCUUACCUACCUCCAUUUUGUUUUGAAGGCAGCACAUUGAAUGCAUACACAUUUAUUUGGCGUUUCUGCAAUAUUGCCUGGGAUUGAACACAUGUGUAUUGUGAUAUAACCGGACAUCAUCUCAGUGAUGUUACUGAUUUUAUUUUUUUUUUAUUGUUAUACUAACAGUUGUUUGCUUGCAGAGAGUUUCUAUUAUUAAAAGUUAUAAUAUAUUCUGUCCAAGGCCAUUUUUACUUCAUAUGGCUUUUAAAUGUUUAAUUAUUUAAUUAACCUUUUUUAAAAAACUAGUGGUAUUCUUGGGGCCAUUUUUACGUUGUAUAAUGAUUACUUGGGUCCUCACAGGCUGUUCAGUGCAUUGGGCAGCAAGCUGUGUCUAUAGAAAUCAGUCUGUAGCAAUGUCUAACCUAUUCUCAGCUAGUGUUCUCCGCCAUGAGAUCUUCAAUAAAAGUGUUGCCCCAAGUUAUUUGAGGACAUCCCUUUUGAGUUUUCCUUGUGUUUGCCCUCAUGUUAUACCCUUGGGACUUGCAAUUCAUUAUGUUGGACAUGUCCCUCAGGACCUCGUGCAAAGGUCUGUAACAAUCUCAUUUUGCCAUGCAUGGGCUGUUGGACUUCCUGUUUGGUCCAACUUCAUCAUCAGUAAUUGGCCCCUCUUAACCCAUGUUAGAUUAUAUCUGUUUGAUGUUUGCCGCUUCUGUAGCAAUCGAGGCUUUACAGUGUGGAGUUGUUAGCCCCCAAUAUCAACCCUCCUCCUUAUUCAUUUGGGCUUGGGACCGAUAAUUAUUUUUUUGUUCUUAGGUCCAAUUUUACUUUGUAAAACAAUUAUAAAGUGUCAGUUUUGUUAAAUUAGAUUACAAUUUUAUGUCUUUUUAUAUAUAUAUAUAUUCAAGAGAUAAAUCUUCUUUAAAAAAAAAGUUCUACAAUAAAUUUUGCACCAUUUUACUAUAGCUAGAUUAAGCUCUAGGUGUUAUUUGAUUCAAAAAUCCAUUAUGAUAAAUUUUCAAUAUAAGUGAUACCGUAUGUUUGGUUUUAAGAUGCUAGUUCAUUUUGUUUUGUAUUUAUAAUUUAAAAUUUGUGGCUCUAGCUUUAGAGUAUUGUGCAAAAAUUAGACAUAUAACCAUUAACAAGGACUUUGACCCAAAGCUCCUAUACUUGUGUACAUUUUUGAUGUGCCUAUUUAUUGGAUAUAUAUUUCUUUAUUAAUUACUAUUCAUUUUGUAUCAAGUUUAAAUUUGCUCUCCAAAGUUUUAUAUAAAUCUUAUCUAUGCUACUUGAUAGAAUUAAAAUUUAACAACAGCAAUCA